CGCGGGCGGCGGUUCCGGGGGACGCGCUGAGGGACGGACCGGGCCGCGCUCAUGGCGGCCUGAGGCGGCGAGGGCGGCGGGGCGGAGGAGGAGGGCGCGGAGCAGCCGAUUAAAAUACCUAGAAUGGCAGGAGAACAGAAGCCGUCAUGCAAUCUCCUUGAGCAGUUUAUUUUACUAGCCAAAGGUACCAGUGGCUCAGCCCUGACUACUCUGAUAAGCCAAGUGCUAGAGGCUCCUGGUGUCUAUGUCUUUGGAGAGCUGCUGGAGUUACCAAAUGUACAAGAGCUUGCUGAAGGACCUAAUGCUGCUUAUUUCCAGUUGCUGAAUCUUUUUGCCUAUGGAACAUACCCAGAUUAUGUAGCGAACAAAGAUAACUUGCCUGAGCUAACAGGGGCCCAGAAGAACAAGCUGAAGCACUUGACUAUUGUAAGCUUGGCUGCCAGGAUGAAGUGCAUUCCUUAUUCAGUGUUGCUGAAAGACCUGGACAUGAGGAAUUUGAGGGAGUUGGAGGACCUGAUCAUCGAAGCUGUCUAUACAGAUAUCAUCCAGGGGAAGCUGGAUCAGCGCAACCAGGUGCUGGAGGUGGAUUUUUGCAUUGGCAGAGACAUUCAGAAGAAGGACAUCAGUAACAUUAUGAAAACACUCCAAGAAUGGUGUGAUGGGUGUGAGGCCGUUCUCUUAGGAAUCGAACAGCAGGUGCUUAGAGCGAACCAGUACAAAGAAAACCACCACCGGACGCAGCAGCAGGUGGAGACAGAGGUCACAAACAUAAAGAAAACGUUAAAAGCCACAGCCUCGUCAUCGGCUCAGGAGAUGGAACAGCAGCUGGUGGAGCGCGAGUGUCCCCCGCAUGCGGAACAAAGGCAGCCCACAAAGAAGAUGUCCAAAGUCAAAGGGCUGGUCUCCAGCCGUCACUAGAACACACCGUGGAGGUGUCUUUCGGCCCAAAGGAGCAAAAAAAGGCCCCGCGUCUCCUGUUCAGUGGGUUCUGGGCCAGUCUUCGCCAGGCUGGCUAAUAAAAGCCCUGUUUGAAUCCAGCCCCAAACUGGCAGUGCCUGACAAAGCUACACUGUGCAAACUCCAUUCGCGUCCAAUCUGUUACUUGUUCUAGGCCUUUUGAGAGGGACUUUUGGACAGAGGUGAUUAACAGAAAGGAGCAAAAAAACAUCAAUCAAGUAAAAAAACAAAGCCUGUGAUGCAAAAUAAAAUGGCAUCUGUGGAAAGUUUUCUCCCUCUCAGCCUCUUCAGAGGAGGUUGCCAUGGUAAUUCAGACCUGAAGCUAAGAUAACCUCAGCUGGGGCAAAUGUGAAUACCAGGUAACAGACUUGGAUGCAGAAGCUGGGCUGAGAGAGAGGACACUAUCCACACAGAUUACUGCCUCCCCCCACCCCAAAGGGAGUCUGAGAACGUGACUAUGUCAGGAACUGCUUUCCAUUGAAAUCUCCAGCCCCUCCCUCCCCCCUGCCCUCUCAAACCAGGGUGACUUCACACUACCUCGCUCUGUGAUGGUGAGACCCAGUGCUGGGCUAUGUUUACUUAACCUCCCGUUUACUGCCCUUACCAAGCCUGUUAAGCUGCCGUUGGUUUAAAAGCACUAGGCCGCAACGUUGGAGCACCCAUCCAGCAGGAGGGAGCAAGCUACUCUCACUUGAGCCUUCUGUGUUCCCGUAAUUCGGGACCUCUUGGAAAUCAUGUUCUUUCUCAGUGUCUGCUGCGUCCUCCCAGGGCUGCUGGCGAUCGGUUCCCCUGCUGAGAUCUUUCAAGUGCAAGGUGCUCGAUCUUCCUUGGAGCUGACGGUUUGUUCCAACAGUGACCUGUGUAGAAGAGACCCCUGGCUUGGUGACAGGCUGGUGACCCAGGACCCGCUGACAGGGGUGGCGAUGGCGCCCCUUUGCUGCCGCGAUGGACUUUACCAGCCUUUCUGAAUUUGAACACUUUCAGGUUGUAUUUUACUUUUUUUUUUUUUUUUCUUUUUGUACGUUGUUGUGACUCUAAAGCAUUUCCGCCUUCGUUCUGUGUUUGAUAUUUGUUACAGACUAACUGCAGGUGACUUGCACCUAGUUUGGCGAGGGGCAUGGGGAUUUUGUUUUUUAAGGGGCGGGUGGGGUCAACAUGGAAACUGCCAUUCACACGAACAAGCACAUUUUAGAGAAAAUUAAAAAUGCUGGUUUCA